AUGGAGCCCCUCACUUGUUACGACAAUGUCGCAUGGGAACAAUCCGAAUAUGUCUCCGACAAUUGGUUACUUCAAUUCCUCGACAUCGAAGUCAAGAGACCGAUCGCGCUAUUCAUGCUAAUGCAUGACUCUGGCCGAGAUUCGGAAUUUACAACUCUGAAAAAGGGAUCUUUCAACAUCGUCUUACGAAUGGAAUUCACACAUAGUGCAACCAACAUCCGUUUCCCACAGCCUGGCACCGCUAUGUUUCCCGAAGAGAAAGUUGAGAACGAAGUCGCUGUGAAGCGAUUCAUCUCAGAUCAAACCUCGAUCCCUGUUCCGUUCAUUCUGCACUCGGGUACAAGGGAAGAGAGUCCUCUGAAACUAGGUCCUUUUAUCAUGAUGAGCCAUAUUGAAUAUACGACCAGCAUGUAUGAUGCUCUCAACACACCGGGCUGUCCUAAAGAGGAGUGGGGAGUCCUUGACCCAAACACUGAUGAAGAUCGUUUUAGAUUGAUAUACACUCAACUAGCAAAGACCCUGCUUCAGCUGUCUAAGACAGCAUUUCCUGAAAUCGGGUCCCUCACUCAGGUAGAUGAUUUUUCCUGGGAAGUGAAUCGACGGCCAUUAUCGAUGAAUAUGAAUGAGGUUCAUCUAGCCUAUCAAAGGAAUGAUUCGGCAGAGUCUGCAGAUGACUGUCGCCGCAAGUUUAUAGCAAAACAGUUAUUUUACAAACUUGCCAGAGACAAGAAACUAUUCUCGCCCUACGAUGAGAAUGCGCCCUUCAAACUCUGGCGUGACGAUUUCCGACCAGCCAAUGUCCUUCUAAAUGAUGAUAUGCAUAUUGCCUGCGUGAUCGAUCAGCGGUUUUUCGGGCCUACGGAGGCCGAUGAUCCUAACGAGAUGUGGAGAGAGCGUUUGGGCUUGCUGGAUGACACUCAAAGGUGUGAGAUUGAGCGUCUGGUAGAGAGGAAACUUGAGGAAAUGGGAGAUAGAGUCUUGGAGUGGGACCCGGACGAGUAUACUGAAGAGUUCCGCCAUGAAUUGAUGAGAAGGGCAGAAGAAAAAGCAAAGGAGGACCUGCCUCGAGAGACAGAGAAUGAUACCAAAUAG